CGGUGGUUGCUUAUCACCACCAGUGGCGCCAGUUGCUGACGGUGGAUGAGCUCUUCUAGCAUGAGCUCUGCGUGGAGUUCUACUCAACCUUCUCCCACAUCGUCUCGACGAGCAAGAGGAGUAGACCCCACGUGGAUUUCAUGCUUGGAGAUCAGCCGCGUGUGCUGACAUAUAACGCCUUCGCCCAGGCCAUGGGGUUGGACACAACUUACAUGACAAUGAUACAGCGGCAGUACACCGUCGACUUCCACUAUCAGGCCCUCUACUGCCCCGAGCACGAGCAGGUUGAGUUCGAGGCUAGCCACACCAAUGUGGUGAAGCUGCGAAUCCCGUGGAGAAUCAUGAACACUCUGCUCACCCGAUUCGUCGUUCCCAGUUUGAGAGGGGGCCACUUGAUCACCAACAGAGGGUUGAUGGCACUCCAUUCUGUGAGGAAUCCCGCAGAGCCGCUGCCUCUGGGAUCGUUGGUUGCCACCACUUUCGCACGGUGUCUGGGGCAAAAUAGAGUGGACACGAUGCAUAUGAGGGCACUAUCACGAGACUAGCUCAGUACUUCAACGUGGACGUGACGAGGUGCUCCAUUUUUGGCCAGACCGAGCCCUUCCCACAGGAGACUCUCUACAACAUGAAGUUGGUGCUUCAAGGAGAGCGAGGGAUCGAGUGCGUCCAACGUAACAUUAAAGUCGCCCAUGAAGAUAACAGGUUCCCCUACAACCUUCAAAGGAAGCAACUCUGCAUAUAACAUCUUUCUAGCACUCGUCUUAUUAGGACUGUAAGCUGCCAUCACCACACAACCCUUUACUCAACACACACUUGAAUGAAGUGCUCACCAGUCAACACUUCUAACACCAGCAACCUAGGUUUCCAGAGGAACCAAACUCGUCCAGAGACAGAAUGAGAAUAAUUUGUCAAAUGCUUC